AUGCCCGAGCUUGCAGAAGUCGCGCGCAUUGUGCACUUCAUCCGAAAACAUCUCGUGGGCAGAACACUGGCGAAUGUGCAAACGCAAGAUGACAACAUUGUCUAUGGUAAAGUAGGCACAACUGCCGCUGAAGUUCAGAAGGCAAUGCAGGGGAAAAGCAUCAUCGGUGCCGGACAGCAGGGCAAAUACUUUUGGAUUACAAUGUCAAAACCUCCACACGUUGUGAUGCAUUUCGGCAUGGCAGGCUGGCUGAAAAUAAAAAACGCGGACACAUACUACUACCGCACGACUAAAGCCGAAGACAAGGAGUGGCCACCAAAAUAUUGGAAGUUUAUUCUGGAGACAGACGAGACCCCGAAGACAGAAGCAGCAUUUGUAGAUUUUCGCAGGCUGUCGAGAAUCCGUCUUGUCGAUUGUCCAGCCGAUGACAUUCGGCAAUACACCCCUCUUAAAGAGAAUGGACCAGAUCCCCUCGCUGACAAGGAUAUCCUAACGGUAGGAUGGCUGGAAGAUAAGGUCAAAAGUAAAAGGGUGCCAAUCAAGGCCCUGUUGCUUGAUCAAGUCAACAUCAGUGGUAUUGGCAAUUGGAUGGGGGAUGAAAUUCUCUAUAAUGCAAGGAUACACCCCGAGCAGUAUAGUAAUACCUUGAACGACGAGCAGAUAAAACAACUUCACAAAUCUAUCGAUUAUGUGUGCACAACAUCUGUAGACGUUCUGGCCGACUCGGAACAAUUUCCCGAGGAAUGGCUUUUCAAGCAUCGAUGGAGUAAAGGAAAGAAGAACAAGCAAUCAUUACUCCCGAAUGGCAAUAGAAUUGUUUUCCUUACUGUCGGUGGUCGGACCAGUGCUGUUGUACCGGCUGUCCAACGAAAGACCGGCCCCGUGGCAAAGGAAAUCAGCGAUGAGGACCAGAUGGAUGAGAAGGAGGAUAAAGUCGUGGAAAAUAAAAGAAAGCGGACUGCUGUGAAAGAGGAGGAGGAGGAAGAAGAAGAAGCCGUUGCAGCACCAAAACGUGCGGCAUCAAGAACAAGCAGAUCUAGUGCAAAAGGCGGCACGAGAGCAUCUACAAAAAGGAAAGACAGUCUGGGCCUGAAGCAUCCGGAAAAUAAUUUGACCGAAAACAACAACCCUAACCCUAAUACCGGUGGCAAGCGCAAUCUUAUCGCAAGCGCCGAUUCCGGGCGGGGGAACACUCGCCACGAAAAGUCCCGCGGAGACCUGACAAAUCCGCGUUGGAGGAUUUCAUGCAUCAAGCCGGUCGAGACGCUGCCUCAAAAGGGCACAGCUACCUCAGAGAACUCAUAUGAAGUAACAACCGAGGACAAAGUCCAGCCGGAAAACCAAGCUCCAGCACAAAUAUCCCUAACAGACUGUCUCGCAUGUUCAGGCUGCGUUACAUCCGCCGAAGCCGUUUUAAUCUCGUUGCAGUCUCAUGCCGAGGUUCUCAAUACUCUUGAUGCUCACUCACCGGCGUCUAUGGUGGUAACGGAUGAUGGAAACAUCAGUGCCCCCCAUGGUAUCCGAAGUGAUGAGAAAAUAUUUGUCGCCAGUGUUAGUCCUCAGGUCAGAGCUAGUCUCGCCACAACAUAUAGUAUUUCCGAGCGCAAGGCUGCAUAUAUGAUCGACCAGUUUCUCCGUGGCCCUCAAGGAUUGCGUACGGGAGGGAAGCAUGGAAAUGGAUUCACUUGGGUCAUUGAUACGGAUGUAUUACGGCAAGUCGUCCUUACACUCGCUGCUCAGGAAGUUACAGAAUCUCUACAAACGCUGCCUUCUGCUGGAAAUGGAGCAGCAAAAUAUUCCAUCCCUAAACGGCCAAUAUUGUCGUCUGCAUGCCCAGGCUGGAUCUGUUACGCCGAAAAGACACAUCCUCAUGUUUUACCAUAUCUUUCACGCUUAAAGUCUCCUCAGGCACUAGCAGGUACUUUCAUCAAGUCUAUACUAAGUCACGCCCUUGGUGUCUCUCCAUCACAGAUUUGGCACCUUGCUGUUAUGCCUUGCUUUGAUAAGAAGCUAGAGGCUAGUCGUGAAGAAUUGACUGAUGCGACAUGGAAUAUCCGUGGCUCGAAUGGAUCUCAGUCUCCUGUGCGUGACGUUGAUUGCGUUAUUACCUCACGCGAGCUACUAAUGCUCGCUUCAUCCCGAAACAUAUCACUACCAUCUUUACCAUUUAAACCCUUGACUUCAGUCUAUGCGCCCCAUUUUCCGGAUCCUACAGUGGAUUCAUUUUUGUUCUCAGGCACACAGGGCCUCAAGCAGAGCACGGUGUACGGAACUUCUGGUGGUUACCUUUAUCAUAUUCUCUCCUAUCAUCAGGAAAAACAACCAGGUAGUCGUAUUGAGGUACAGAGAGGACGAAAUUCUGACGUCGUUGAAUAUUUCUUGGUAUCAGAGUCAAAUGAAACGAUCAUGAAAGCGGCUCGUUAUUACGGCUUCCGAAACAUCCAGAACCUUGUUCGCAAAAUGAAGCCAGCUCGCGCUUCACGAUUGCCUGGUGCAAACAGGCGUGGAGCCACGGCGCAUGGUUCAAGCGGCUCUUCAGGACUUGACUACGCAUUCGUCGAGGUGAUGGCAUGUCCUGGUGGCUGCACUAAUGGCGGUGGUCAGAUACGUCUUGACGACGCUCGGGAGGCAACUGCUAAUAUUUCUACCAAUGAUUCUACCGCUGUGAUACAAAAGCACACAGCACAUGAACAGCGCGAGUGGCUUGCUAGAGUGGACGAAACAUAUUUUUCAGCCGAUUCCGACUCUGAGAGCGAAUCACAGCCUGCAACUACAGAUAAAUCGUUACACGACACAGAAAACAGAGCUCAAAGUAUAAUUCGGCAUUGGACAAACUUCACCGGAGUAAGGUUGGAGGAUCUUGUAUACACAACAUUUCGCAAAGUGGAAAGCGACGUGGGUAAAGACAAGGGCGUUAGUGAUACUACGCGGGUUGCUGAACUUGCUGGAAAGAUAGGAGGUGGUUGGUGA